GUAAAUAAAAGUUACUGUGCACUUUGCCAGGCACCGCCACACAGUGGUUCGUAGUUUCGUGUGGACGUUGCUCGAAGAAAGUCGUCGUCGUCGUCGUUUGUCGGUCGAUCGGUCGGUUUUAGUUCAUUGUGACGUUUCCAGUAAAUGAAGCAAAGUAGUGGAGUGUACGAAUUUUUGCAUUGAUUGCGCUCAAUAAUCUCCAUCGUUUCAGCACCGAAAAAAGUGAUUCAACUUUGGCAGGACGAACAACGUAAUCGUGCGUGCAGCUGCUAAUAAGCGAAAAAAAAAACGGAAUACAAACCAACGGGCUUGGCGGUGCUUUGUUUGGCAGCCCGUUGGGAAUUCGAGCGAGACCGAACCGGGCCUUGGUGCAGUCUGGGAAGGAGGGAAAAGCAACCAAAAGUUAUCGAUUUUUCUCGGUCACCCCGCGCGUAGUGUCGUGUAGCGGUUUCUUGUUUUCUGCUAUUGGGUGCAGAAAUUUCAUAGUCAGUGAGUCGCCAAAAUUUGCGGUUGCGAGCUGUGGAGUCUGUGUAGUGCGUCAAACAAGUGAUUAAUUUCCUGAAUCUCACAGGAGAAAAAAAUUGCCCACAAUCGCUAUUUUUUGUGGAACGAGUCAGACGGAGGCUGUGGGGUAAACCCUCGUCAAUCGUUAUUAGUGACAAGUGCUAACAAUUAUUAAGUGAAAAAAAUGGAAUAACAGCUAGUCUGAGUACCAAUUCAGAUUAAAUCUGUGGAAUUAAUUACGGUCGCAGCAUGUGGAUUCCUACCAGCAACAAAUACGGAGUCGCUAUCCAUAACUGGCACGGCAAAGUCACGCACGGGCUUGCGCUGGACGUUGGCGAUUUUGUCGAGAUUCUCGAGGAAACGACACACUGGUUUAGGGGCACCUGUCCACGGAAACCGCGCAAGGUUGGCCUCUUCCCCAAGACAUACAUCCACCUGAAAAACCUAGCCAAACUCGACCCGGUAGUGGCCGAGUGUACGCUGGUACUGCGGGAAUGGUCCGAAAUAUGGAAGAAACUAUUUGUGGAGCGGGAAGAAUACAAAUUCACCUCACUGCGGAAGGUGAUGCUGGCCCUGCUGGAAAGCCGGCGGGAACUGCUGAGCGCCACCCUGACACAGGAUCAAACUUACGAUCUGCAGCUGAAAGUGAUCUCGAAAAUCGAUUGGGGCAAUCGAAAACUAGGAUUAGAUCUAGUGCCAAGGCUAGGAACGCUUGCGGUUGACCCGCACAAGAUCGGCAUCGUUUCGCUGCACCAAGUGCAUGUCAAUAGUGCCGAAAAUGCGAAAGCUGCUUCAAACCGAGGCACGUUGCGCCGGAAAGCAGGCAAAAAGAUUCUCACCCAUCACCUCUACUUUUGUAUGCGUGAUUUUGGCCAUCGAAUAGGCGAUGACGCCGAGAUCUACUUCUACCUGUACGAUGGGAACCAGCUGCGGAUGCGGGCACUGUCCGAGCGGUUCCUGGUGCGCAUUGCCAAAGAUGGAUUUUCUACGUACGUGGAAACAUCGCACAACUGCACGGUCUUCACCGAUUUGGGCUCGUCUGAUCUGAACCAGGACUUGUACCUGAUUGCCAACGUGAUGCGUGUUGGUAAGAUGCUGCACUCGGAAUCGGUGAAAAAGGGCGACAAAUUCGUUAGCAACCAUUCCUAUCGAAGACCGUACGGAGUGGGAGUAUUGCCGCUGAGUGAGAUCGGACAUUUCGAUCACACGGUGGAGUCGGAGGAGAAAGAAUUCAGCUUCAAGAUAUUCCAGUGCGAGGAGAAAGAUUAUCACCAGCUGCACGAGCUGAUCAUCAAGAAAGCCAGCGGAAAGUUCCAACCGAUCAAUGCCAGCACCCAGGGCCAUUACGGCUUGGUUGUUUCAGUGAAAUUGAUUCACGGCGGAUUGGGUCAGGCGAAAAUCGAGCAACCCAUUUUGUUCCAGGGAACUGCCAUAACUAAGAAGAUUGGCUUUCCGGAUGUCAUCAUGCCUGGUGACGUUAGGAAUGAUCUUUUCCUAACCCUAGAACGGGGAGAGUUCGAAAGGGUUGGCAUAAGUACGGCCAAAAAUAUUGAAAUCACCGCCUUGGUGCUGGAUGAAAACGGAAGAAUUAUCCAGGAGUGCAUCGCCAUUGCCGCUGGCAAUGCCUUGCAGGCGUACUACAAAUCUAUGGUUUUGUACCAUAACAAUUCCCCCGCCUGGAACGAAACCAUUCGUAUGUUCGUUCCGAUCGACAAAUUUAGCAAAGCACACGUGCGCUUCGAAUUUCGAAGUUGCUCCACGCGGGACAAAUCAGAUCCUAAACUGUUUGGAUUCAGCUUCGCCCGUCUGAUGGAACCGGGCGGGGCCACGAUUGCAGAUGGUUCGCACGAGCUGUACGUGUACAAGUGCGAAGAUAUUCUCAAGGUUCAACCCAACAUUUACCUUCGGUUGCCGUGCUCUUCGAACGACAAACACGCGCACUCCUUGGAAUCCAAUUCCUCCUACCAUCGCAGUUCCAAAGAAGCUUUCUUCGUUAAGACCAUCCUUUGCUCAACCAAGCUAACCCAGAACGGUGAUCUGCUGUCGCUGCUUCAAUGGCGCAAUCAUCCGGAGCGCAUCCAAGACUCUCUGCAGCGUGUACUCCGCCUGCAUAACGAAGAACUGAUCAAAUUUCUUCAGGAUGUGUUGGACGCUUUGUUUGCCAUGUUCUCCACCGACGAUGGCAACAGUACUCCCCACUCGGGACUUGUUUUUCACGUGCUCGUAUCGAUUUUCAGCCUGAUGCAGAGCAGUAAGUUCCAACAUUUCAAACCCGUUAUGGAUGCGUACAUUAAGGAUCACUUUGCCGCCCCACUCGUCUACAAAGGACUGCUCUCUUCGGUUCAACACCUUGCCGACUGGAUGAUGACAGCGGAAAACCUCGAGCCUAUCCUGCAAUGUUUCACCUCUCUGGAGUUUAUUUUCAAGCUGAUUAUUCAGAGUAGAAAACUAUUCGCUCACGCUUCCGGUGGCCAGUACGAGGACAAGUUCAAACAUGACCUUUUCGCAGUGUUCACGUCUCUAAACGGUAUGCUUGUCGUCGCAAGUCAUUCCCAAAUACUACCCACUCAGGAAGCCCUGUUGAGUUCGAUUGGAGUAGUUUUCGAGCAGCUGAGAACCAUCAUUACCAAAGCCGAGCUGGAAUCACUAGUCAAAGGCAUGCUGGAUGCUGUCCCAAAGGAAGCUCAACCUCCUCUUAUUCAAGCGAAGCUAAAAUCCAUCAAAGAUAUGGUGUCCGGCCAGCUCUUCCAGGAUGAUGAUCUCCGUUCGGUAAUACUGAACAUAGCUUGCAAACAUCUUCGAGUUCAUUUGGCCAGACGAGACGAGCUGAGACUAUGCGCUGAGAUUCUCGCCGAGGUUCUGAUCAAGCUGCAUGAUGCCAAGUUGAAGUCAAACGAUAAACCAUCGAAUACUAUCCACCACGAUCUGGAUACCUUGUUCUCGAGCAUCUUUCCGAUACUUAUGCAAACCAUCAACGUGCUGGGAAACGGAGGACAUGAUUCGCUAAUCUGCUCCUUGUUUGCCGUAAUUCUCGGCCUCAUGCAGCUGCUGGAUGAGUCGCACUACCAGCGAAUGUGGGAUCGGCUCAGCUCGACGGGUGGCAAUAAGGAGCUGAAGGAUUUCAUUCAGCAGUGUCUAAGCAUCUUCAAGGACAUCCUCGAACAGGACUGGAUGAUCUUCUCCAAGGAUUGGCUGGUGAUGAAGAUGUCCGCCAACGAAGUGCUACGCAAAACACUGGAAGAACUAGCGAAACCGCUGGUGUAUCGCUUCCUGGGACCUCAGUCCUUCGAUUCGCAGCUCUGGUGGUCAUACUUCAGCGUGGCGGUCAUCUUUCUGACCCAGCCGUCGCUGCAGAUCGAACAGUACCACGAAACAAAACGUCGCAAGCUGCUCAGCACCCACGGGGACAUGCGGGUCGCGAUGGGUUUCCAGAUACUGAGCAUGUGGUCCCAGCUAGGCGAGCACAAGCUGCACUUCAUCCCGUCGAUGGUCGGCCCGUUUCUGGAAGUCACCCUGGUGCCGGAGCCGGCCCUGCGAAAGGCCACCUUCACAGUGUUUUACGAUAUGAUGCAGUGCGAGCAGGUAUCCCGCGGAUCCUUCCGGCUGGUGGAAAGUGAGCUGAUCGACAAGCUGGAUUUGUUGAUUAGCGAAAACAAGGGUGACGAUGAGUAUCGGGAACUUUUCAGCACGAUGGAACAAUUGUGUCUAGCUCUGCUGGAGCGCGUUCAGGCGGAGAAUCCCUCCUGGCGUGAGUCGGGGACGGCCUUCAUUUCGUCUGUUACCCGCCUGCUGGAGCGCCUUCUGGACUAUCGCAGUGUAAUGCAGGGCGACGAGAAUCGGGACAAACGCAUGACCUGCACUGUGAAUCUGCUCAACUUCUACAACGAUGAAAUCAACCGGAAGGAGAUGUAUGUUAGGUACAUUUACAAACUACUUGAUCUCCACCUGGGGGCAGAGAAUUAUAUCGAGGCUGGGUUGACGUUGAAGCUGUAUGCCGAUAUGCUUUCGUGGGACAGCGAGAACGUUUCCGAUGAGGCUGACGGUCCGACGGAUUGGGAACAGAAGGAGAAGAUUUACAAAAAUAUUAUCAACUAUUUCGACAAAGGUAAAUGCUGGGAGAAGGGAAUUCCUCUCUGUAAGGAGCUGGCGCUAUUCUACGAGCGGAAGCGAUUUGACUAUAAUCGGCUGAGUGACGUACUCAUUCAGGAGGCGAAAUUUUUUCAAAACAUUCUAACACAGCUGCGCCCCGAGCCUGAGUACUUCCGGGUGGGAUACUACGGGACGGGUUUUCCGUCAUUCGUUAGAAACAAACAGUUCAUUUAUCGUGGACUGGAGUACGAGCGGAUCGGGGCUUUCAUCCAGCGGUUGCAGAUCGAGUUCCCCACCGCUCAGAUCUUGGACAAAAAGCACUACCCACCGGACAGUUCGAUUCUCAACUCACCAGAGCAGAGGUUCCACGUGGUUAACGUGCGACCCAUAUCCGAUCCCAGCCAUUUGAAGAGUGCCAAAGUUACGGUUCCGGAGAAAAUUUCCAAAUACUAUGAGGUCAACGAUGUAACCAAGUUCCAGUACGAUCGACCCGUUCACAAAGGACCAGUCGACAAGGAGAAUGAGUUCAAGUCACUGUGGAUCGAGCGGACAGUUUACGACAUAGCCCAACCGCUGCCGGGUAUUCUGCGGUGGUUCGAGGUGACCGAUGCAUCCAUCCACGAGUUGACACCGGUGGAAUUCGCCUGCGAAACUGUGGCCAACGUAAACAAAGAGCUGUCCGAUCUUAUCGUGCAGUAUCGGUUGGAACCAAAGCGCAACCUGAACCCGUUCACUAUGCGCUUACAGGGCUCGGUUGAUGCUAACGUAAACGGUGGCUUCUUCAAGUACCAGGAUGCGUUCUUUACCGAACGGUUUACGAAGUCCCCGGAAGGCCGAGAUCAGAGCUUACACGUGCAGCGCCUGAAGCGGAUGAUUUUCGAGCAGAUGCAAAUCCUACGGCAAGCACUGGAAUUACAUCGGAGUCUAGCUUCGGAUGAGGUUCUCCCAUUGCACAAUCGGCUAUCGGAAGCAUUUUUAGAGCUAGAGAAGAGCACCGCUGAGUGGAAAACAAAUAUCAACAUUCCAACGAAACCACUUCCACCUCUCCCGAUUCAGCACUCAACGGCUGCGCCACCAAAUGGUAUGAUGAGCUCAGGCAAUUCGCAGAAUUACUUCCCGGAGGAUCACGACGAAACGUACACCUAUCUAAGUAGAAAAACUUUAUCCCUAGCUGGGAUCGUUCCAAUGACGGCUAUGACUUCGUCUCCUCUCCCGGCACCGCAGGUUCCACCCCGCGAUUCACUAACAUCGUCUCCUUCGGCACCACCUCUUCCACCGCGUGGUCAAACUCCGGACAAACGAAACUCCAAUCCGAUGCCGUUCACAGAAUUUGUAGAACAGCAGCAGCAACAAGGGACUGCCCCGGCAAGGCCGAGAUCGAAAAAGUACUCACUGUACGAAAUUUCACUAAACGAUAGCAUGAACCACAGCUACGGUAGUCCCCGCUGUUCCAAUGAGUUGAAGGGUCUGUACGAUGUUGGCACAUUCAACCGUGACUCCGGAAUUUCCACCAGCUCCCAGGAGCUAAACAACCUGAACAGCGGUUCUCAACCGUCGAACCAUCUUAACCACCACCAUCACUACCACCAACCGAUGCCGGUUCCGACCGGGCUGAUGGAAGAUUUCAACAUCUCGCUAAACGGUAGCAAUGGGGCAACAACGCCUAGAGGACACCAGAAAACGAACUCCAAUCCGGAGUCCUACAACAUGACCAGCGUUCAGGAGCAAAAAAUGAACACCAUCAACACCUCGAUGAGCAAAUUGACCAUGGUAAACGGUUCCGCUGCUCCUCAGCCACCUCCGCCGCCAAUUCCACCAAAGUCCGCUUCUCUGCAGCACCAGCAUUCCUUCUCAACGCCAGGUCAGCAACAGUCGUCACAUCAGCAACAUCCGCGCCACCAGCGAAAUCAAUCGUUAAAUCUUAGCCACAAUUCGUCCUCCGACGGGGAUGCGAUUAGUCUGAAUGACAUCAGUCCAGCACCGCCACCGUUCAACGACACUUUCAGUGAUUCGUUCAGCGAUGAGGGCGAAGGCAACAACGAUGGCUACUGCGUACCGAAGGUACAAUCUACGACCGGUAGCCUCGGUCGGCGUUCGCUCAACGGUGUGGAAGAACUGGUCGGUGGUGGAGUAGUCGAAGUGCGGAACACCACCAUGGUACCACUGAGGCACGACGAUGAGGAGGAGGAAAUUUUCUACUAGUGCAAUAACGAGGUUUGGGAAUUGAUCAUGAUCAGUGAAAUACUCCACUUUUGUUGUAAAUAGGUUAAAAUUGUUCGCGCCAGUUUUGGGCCAAUUCCAUAAAAAAACAAAAUGAAAAGCAACAACAUACCAACGAUCAUUAUCAGGAUGUAACUGCUCUGGGGAUCGCUUCGAGAAGUGGGGGCACAAAAUAACGGGGUUGUCAAUCAUUCUAUACAUACAUUAUACAUCUAUACUAACUAAUCGGGUAAUAAUCUGAACAAACGCCAAACAAACUUUAGAUUGUAAGCUGAACAUUUAACGACAUCCAACCUAUACAAUUGAAACAAAAUUAUAUUGUUCUAUCUAUAAAAUAAUCCGCCGAAGAAUUGCGAUAAAACGCUGUGAGUAAUGUUACGCCAGCGGCACACAGAGAGCGGACACAUCUACAAAUUGUGUCAAAUUCUCCCGUCAACAUUAAAAGUUUCCUAACUUGUGUGUCUUUGCUCUCUGUUUGUCCAGGCGGUACUCAUCAAAGCUACACUAACACGGAAACUACGAUUUCAAUCCUCUUGUAAUGGCUAGAAUUUACUUUGGCAGUACAUAUAUACAACAUAUAAUAUUAUCAAUUUAGAUGUUAAAUUUUGCAGUGGUUUCUCCGUAACAAAAAAUCUCGACGUGACGCCGCAACUCGACACCAACGUGGGGAAAAUUGAAUUUUAUACACUCACACCCAAAUACACACCCACACCUACACGAUACUAGUCAAACAGUCAAACGGAGUGGAAAUUAACGGCAAAAGAUCUGAGGCGAAACAAAGGAUUAAGAAAAUUAAUAAUAUUAGAAGUGCGAAAGAGGUUGAGGUAGACCAGAAUAUUCCAACUGUGCAUCAUCUGUGAAGCGUCCGCGUACAGUGUAAAACCUAUUAUUAAAGAAACUUUUAUAUCGAGUAAACUGGUAGCAAAGGU